AUGCGCCAAGUGUCUCAGUCAUCUAUUGAAUCUCCGGAUAGUAAUAUCUGUAAGAGAGAUUCACCUGUCCCACAUAUAUUUGUGAAUCACACUAAGUAUCUGAUGGCUGAUUUUCAGAGUUUCGCCUCACCUCUUCGUUGUCCAGCUCUACGUUUGUCAGUUAUCUUUUAUUAUCAAAUAUUCUCUAGGACGACGGUAGUGCUUACCAUGGGGCGUUUUUGCAAAGUAUUACUGAAGUUUUGCAGAGGUUUCAACGGAUGGGUCAUGUCAUGCUGUCGAAAGGAAAGAAAACAGGAAUCUCAGACAGAGAGGGAAAUGAACAGCAGUAUCAAGUUGAGGGUUGGUAAAAUGAAAGCUAAUGCUGAAGACAAACCACCGAAACAAUGGGAAAUAGCACAAUAUGGCUGA